CACGGCCGCCACACCAUGUCCCCCAGCCGCCGCGGCUGCCUGGGCCGGCCUGGCACUSUGCCGGUGCCAUGGAGCCAACUCGUCCCUGCGGGGCCCCAAACCCUCCCGGGGGGCAGGGGCACGGAGCCGUCCGCGGUCGGUGCGGGAACGGGAGGCCCCACCCCAGGGCGGUUGCUGACGCCACGCAAGGAGCCGGGUGUCCGGGAUCGGAGCAGGAAGCGGGAGCCGGCGGCGGCGGCGGGGCCCGUGGAGCCGGGACAGGGGCUGCUGGGGAGGAGCCAGCGUGGGGCCGGGGCAGCGCAGGGCCCCGGCCCCACCAUGCGCGCACUGAGGCAGCUCCUGCUGGUGCUGGUGCUGGGGCUGGCGGGUGGGCGCGGGGAUCCCCGCGAUGCCCUGGCCUGCUCCAAGGGCCUCACCUGCCGCCUCUUGGACACCGAUGUGCUGUGCGGGACAGAGCCCCCGGGGCCCAGGCACGGGCUGGCCCUGGCUCGUCUGCGGCUGGAGCCGACGCUGCGCUGCACCGAGCCCAUGGCCUGCGUGCCCUGCCUGGAGGCACACGUGCGCCUGGCCUUGUCACCUGCCACCAACACKGCCACCGAGCCCCACCGCUCCGGGCUGCCAGGCACCCCUGGGACAGAGGAUAGCCAUGAUGGGGGACAGUGGUCACCAGUKACUGGGGCCACCUCGUCCCAGCCCAACAUCACUGGGCUGCUGCUGCUCUCUGGGCACACUUAUGCCUCAUCCCGCUGUGUGGCUGURGAAGUCUGGGCACCCUUGGGCCCCAGACUACGUGGCCGAACUGUGGGCUGGGUGAUCUUCCGGUGCUUCGAGGCGCCGCUGGGCUCCGAGCUCCACGUCACGGCGUACACAAACUCGCGGGGGCGGCAGAGGCUGAGCCAGCAGCAGCGGGUGCCAGAUUGCUCAUGGCCUGCGGCACAGAGUGCUGUCCCCCGGUGCCAAGUGCCCAGGCUGCGGGUCUCCCCGGGGCAGAAGGAUGUGGUUGUGGAGGUGCAGGGGGCUGCAGCGGGGCACAGCUACACCCUUCGGCUCUACCACAACCAUAGCCAUGGCACCAGUGGGCCAGGGCGUGUGGUGACCUUGCAGAGCAGUCCCAUGCACUACGUCCUGCCCGCCGAUGAGGUGCUGCCCUGCCUCUGCCUGCAGGUCUGGCUGGAAACCCAGGACCCGCUGCGGGCCACCCUGUGCCCCUUCUCUCAUGAUGCUGAGGCCUGGGAGCGCCUGUGGCUGCAGAGCCAGCUGGUCCUGCACACCGAGGGCCAGGUGCUGACCUGCUCCCUCUCAGCCCCCUGUGACCUCCUGGCUGAGCUGGURCCCUGCUGGCAGCCGGUGCCCUCUGGGCCCUGCCAACCCCUCCCUGGCCUGCAGCAGCCCGCCAAGGCACAGGGACCCCAGGAGUUUGGAGGGCUGCRGCCACACCCCAACAUCUGUGUGCAGGUGUGGAGCGGUGGGCAGGUCCAGCUGACCCAGUGCCUGCGGGACCGAGYGCUGCCCGGCCACCCCGAUGACCUCCUGCUGCUGGAGCAUGAGGGGAAUGCCUCACUGUGUGCCGUGGAGCAGGGUGCCUGCACGCCCCUCACCAGUUUCACCAGCACGGGAGCAGGGCACCCUGGGCUGCUGGAGCAGGAUCUGCAGUGGGAUGUGGCAGCAGGACAGUGCUGGCAGCUGUGGCACCCUGAGAACAGCACUGAGUUUGCGCUCUGGGCCUGUCCCCUGCACAAGUAUCUGCGUACCCACUGGGCACUGGUGUGGAUGGGGGUGCUWCUGGGAGCCGCCUGUCUGCUACUGCUGCUCUUGCUGAAGAAGGAGGACAUGAAAGGAUGGCUGAAGUCCCUGCGGGCUGGCUAUGGCUCCAGGGGUCCUCUGCAAGGCCGGCAGGCACUUCUUGUGCACGCAGCAGAGCCGGUGGCAGAGCGGGCAGCGUGUGCCUUGAUGGCAGCUCUGCACUCGCUGGGGCUGGCGGUGGUGGCAGCACCAGGAGGUGGCAGCGGGGUAGCGGCUUUGGGGCCACUGCCCUGGCUGCACGCCCAGCACCGCCGGGCACUGCGUGACGGUGACACCAUCAUCCUCCUCCUCUCUCGGGCAGCUGUGGCUGCUGCACACCGCUGGGACACCGGGGCGAGGGCUGUGCCAGGGUCUGCUGAAAGUAGCUUUGGGCCCCAGCACGACCCUGGCCCUGACGAUGUCCCCACAGUGGCACCCUGCGAGGUGUUUGCGGCAGCUCUGUCCUGUGCCAUGCCAGCGCUGGCGGUGGGCAAUGGGCACUACGUGGUGGCCCGGCUGGAGGCCUUGGUGCCAGCAGUGCCCCCAGCACUGCGGGCAGCCCCUGCCUUUGCACUGCCCAGCGAGAUGGAGGGGUUCUUGCAGGCACUGGCAGGCCCAACUCRGCGGCGGGGCCGGUGGCUGGAGCCAUAUGUGGUGGCGGUGGCCGAGGGUCUGCGGCGGGCAGUGGGGGAAUAAAGGGGUGACAAUGCUUUUGUUGA